CACAGAGGGGUGAGAGUUUCUGGCUGUGCUUCCUUUGACCUGGAGCAGUACAAAGAGAUUCAAGAGAAAAAUGAGUGAGGGUGGUAAGAGCAUAAACUGGUUCGCGACCUUCUUUUCUUGCUUCUAUGUGCCCAUCAGAAGCAGUAAAGAGGAGAGCUCGAGAGGAGGCGACAAGCCCACGGAGGCAGAGGCAAAAAUGAUCUCUGCUGCUAAGCAUUUCUCAUCAUCUGCUGCCGUAGUUCGGUACGGUUAAACUGAUAUGUCCAAUCUCCUAUCAGAAUCAACUCAAUCUCUUCAUCCGCUGACAGCCAUAAAGACAAGUUGAUUACCAAGAAAAUCGGAGUUAGGUCAUCUAAUAUCCCAGUGGUCCAACAGUCUGUCUCCAUGCAAUUCUUAAGGUUGUAAAACAAUGGGAAUUUCCCCAGACAAGGAGAUGGGUUCCCAUGUAUGACUUGUUUCGCGUACGAUGAUGCAGGAACGAGAUGCAAGUGAUCGUCUGACUGGCUGUUUCUCAUCAAUUGAUGAUCAAGUGUACCGUGACUUGUUUUGAAACUUAUAUUUUAAAAAAUAUCCCGAUCGAUUCUUGUAUUUUGAGUCCAGCGUGAGCAUUUUUUUUAAUGUAUCUUCUUGGUCCCGUGUUAUAUAACUCCAAACUCUGUUUCAUACGAUUCCCGACUUGAUUUUUUUUUUCUCAUAAUUUCUACCCGAAAGGGUUUGCUCGGUUUUUCUUUUGACCGGAAGAGGGUUUGCUUGGCUAACUAACAUGGAACUGAAACUAGCUUCGUUUUGUUGAGAAAAGUAGAAAAAUGGAAAUAAUAAGUUAAAGCUGAAAAUGUAGGAAAAUAGUAAAUAAUUUAUUGUAAGAAUAGCCGAAUGCAUUGCCAAAUGCUAAGGCAGAAUCAGAACAAAACCUCUUUCUUUCAUCGAUCAUCUUCCCAUAGGCUCAUUCGGGAUGUCGACCCUUUUACUCAUCUCGUUUCCUCCUAGCCAAUGCACUAUCCAUUGUCAGCUGGCGCACCGACCUCUCAGCCCGAACACAUCUUCCUUUUGGCUGGGCAGAGCAACAUGGUGGGCUGUGGCUGGCCAUCGCGUAGUAUGGAAUGGAAUUGUACCUGAGGAGUUCAAACCACACGAUUCAGUCAUGCGGCUCGACGGGGACAUGAACUGGGUCAAGGCCAAAAGAGCCGAUCCAAUCGGGCAUAUACAUGGGACAACCCGUUACGCGAAUCGGGCCUGCGAUGCCAUUUUCCAAGAGGAUCCUGGAACAAAACCCGAAGUACGGAACUAUUGAGCUCGUCCCAUGUGCGCUGAAUGGGAGCAGCAUAAGCAGGUGGCAGCGGGGGCGGGACGUGUACGGAAACAUGACGGCGAGAGCUGAGGCAGCAGUGAAGAACGGCGGCAAGAUCGAAGCGCUCCUGUGGUGGCAGGGCGGAGCAGAUUCGGAUAACAUAGACAAAGCACACAAAUACAAGGAGGACCUGACCAAGUCCUUCCAAGACAUCCGAGCCGAUCUCAAGUUGCCGGAGCUCCUGAUUAUCCAGGUCGUGAUACUUUACUGGAUUGAUCCAAGAGGCACAGUUGUCAUUGAACGUCCCAAAUGUGGAGAACGUCGACCCCCAUGUCCUGCCCUUGGAAGCUGAUGGAGUCCAUGUGACUGCUCAGCCCCAGCUUCUAACUGACAAGUUCCUCGAGGCGUUAAGCAAGAAGAAAACUACAUCAACUCAGAUUCGUUGACUAAUUCCCUUCCACUGGGUUUGUUAUAAUCAAGCUAGAUUCAUAUAUUUGACAUGAACCAGUGAAGAAACUUAUUUAUUUUGAUUUUUCCCUGCAGUGACGAGGAAGUUAUCGCAUUACCGAGCUAAAUCAUGUUAUCGACAAAACACUAGUCACUAUCUACUACAUGUCUAUUGAUUCUGGCACGUGAAGGAUGAUGAAAUCAAUUAGUUGCUGUGAUGCAGAGAACUUUGUAGUGAGGCUCUGCGAGAGACCUUACAUUAUAUAUAGAAAAGCUCCAUAUAUAUAUAUAUAUAUAUAUAUAUAUAUAUAUAUGAGCGGGCGUGUAGAAAACAUAUUAUGGUCGCUCAUGAUUUCAUUAUCAUCGUUAAAAUCCGAUUACGAUGA